GCCGGCGCGCGCGCAGUGUCGCGGGGGCGCGCGGCCUCCCCCUGUCGCGAUGGCCGAGCAAAAAAUGGAAAUGACCACUCCUCCGACAUCCAAGUGUAUCAUGUACUGGAAGAGGAAAGUCAAGUCCGAGUACAUGCGUCUGCGGCAGCUCAAGAGGUUCCAGGCAAACAUGGGAGCAAAGGCUCUCUUUGUGGCCAACUUUGCGAAGGUUCAUGAAAAGACUCAAAUCCUUAAUGAAGACUGGAAGAAGCUUCGAGUGCAGCCAGUGCAGCUGAUGAAGCCCGUCAGCGGGCACCCGUUCCUGAAACAGUGCACUGUUGAGAGCAUUUUCCCAGGAUUUUCCAGCCAGACACUGUACAUGAGGACCCUGAACACAGUGGCACUGGUGCCCAUUAUGUAUUCCUGGUCUCCUCUUCAGCAGAAUUUCAUGGUGGAGGAUGAAACGGUUCUGUGCAAUAUCCCUUACAUGGGCGAUGAGGUGAAAGAAGAAGAUGAAACUUUCAUUGAAGAACUUAUUAAUAACUAUGAUGGGAAAGUUCAUGGAGAAGAAGAAAUGAUCUCAGGGUCAGUCCUCAUCAGUGAUGCUGUGUUCCUGGAGCUAGUGAAUGCUCUGAAUCAGUACUCGGACGAGGAAGAGGAAGGACACAAUGAUUCUGAGGUGAAACAGGAGGAUGGAAAAGAGGAGCUGCCAGUGACAAGGAAAAGAAAGCGAAUUGCAGUGGAAGGUAACAAGAAGUGUUCCAAGAAGAGGUUUCCCAAUGACAUGAUAUUCACUGCUAUUUCUUCCAUGUUUCCUGAGUAUGGCUUCCCAGAGGAUAUGAAAGAAAGGUACCGGGAGCUCACGGAGGUGUCAGACCCCAACGUGCUGCCGCCACAGUGCACUCCCAACAUCGACGGGCCGUGCGCCAAGUCGGUGCAGCGGGAGCAGUCCCUGCACUCCUUCCACACCCUCUUCUGCCGCCGCUGCUUCAAAUACGACUGCUUUCUGCAUCCUUUUCAUGCUACUCCUAAUGUGUACAAACGAAAGAAUAGAGAGACCAAGAUUGAGCCAGAUCCUUGCGGCGCAGACUGUUUCCUCUGGCUGGAAGGAGCCAAGGAGUUUGCUGCGCUGCACAACCCCCGAUCCAAGUGCUCAGGCCGUCGCCGCCGGCGGCACCACGUGGUGAGCGCAUCCUGCUCCAACACCCCGGCUGUCACUGAGACCAGGGAGGGCGACAGCGACCGGGACACGGGCAACGAGUGGGCCUCUAGCUCCUCGGAGGCCAACUCCCGCUGCCAAACCCCCACUAAGCAGAAGCUGAGCCCGGCCUCCUCCCAGCUGUUUGCGGUGGAGACGCCGCAGGAGCCCGUGGAGUGGACAGGAGCCGAGGAGUCACUCUUCCGUGUCUUCCAUGGCACCUACUUCAACAACUUCUGCUCAAUCGCCAGGCUGCUGGGGACAAAGACCUGCAAGCAGGUCUUUCAGUUUGCAGUGAAGGAAUCGCUUAUAACGAAACUGCCAACAAAUGAGUUAAUGAAUCCAUCCCAGAAGAAGAAAAGGAAGCAUAGGCUGUGGGCUGCACACUGCAGGAAGAUCCAGCUGAAGAAAGAUAAUUCACCGACCCAGGUGUACAACUACCAGCCCUGUGACCACCCCGAGCAUCCCUGUGACAGCUCCUGCCCUUGCAUCAUGACUCAGAAUUUCUGCGAGAAGUUCUGCCAGUGCAACCCUGACUGUCAGAACCGCUUCCCAGGCUGCCGCUGUAAGACCCAGUGCAACACCAAGCAGUGCCCCUGCUACCUGGCUGUGCGGGAGUGUGACCCAGACCUCUGCCUCACCUGCGGCGCCUCAGAGCACUGGGACUGCAAGGUGGUCUCCUGCAAGAACUGCAGCAUCCAGCGAGGCCUCAAAAAGCAUUUGUUGCUGGCCCCAUCGGACGUGGCCGGCUGGGGGACUUUCAUCAAGGAGGCUGUGCAGAAGAACGAGUUCAUCUCCGAGUACUGCGGGGAGCUCAUUUCACAGGAUGAGGCUGACAGGCGAGGAAAGGUCUACGACAAGUACAUGUCCAGCUUCCUCUUCAACCUCAACAAUGAUUUUGUUGUUGACGCUACUCGCAAAGGAAAUAAAAUCCGCUUUGCCAACCACUCAGUGAACCCCAAUUGCUAUGCGAAAGUUGUGAUGGUGAACGGAGAUCACCGGAUUGGUAUCUUUGCCAAGAGAGCCAUCCAGGCAGGAGAGGAGCUCUUCUUUGACUACAGGUACAGCCAGGCAGAUGCCCUGAAGUACGUCGGCAUAGAGAGGGAGACGGACAUCAUCUAAGCUCUGGGGUGGUUCUGGCACACCUUGCUGCUGCACCUUGUAAGCAAUGCCAUGUUUGCUUCACGCUGACAUGACUGCUGCUGUUCCUGCUGCUGUGUGUGUCACAAGUGCUACUUUCUGUCCAGACACCAGAGGGACUCGGGGCAGGAGUGUAAGCAGCCCCUGGGCCAUGGCUGUCCCAGGGUGGUGUCCCCUCUGCCCCAGCUGGCUGGGAAAUGGGGACUGCCCGGCUGUGGCUGGAGUGGCACCAAAGGAUGCCUGGGGAUGGGAGAGCAGCACUAUGCAACAUGAUAUUUUGAGUGAGGGUGCCACUGAGCUGGGUAGAGGACGAUGUUCCAGUCACUGCCUGUUGUGACCCAAGCAGGCUUCUCAGAAACCUUCCUCGGGCUUUGGCACUCCAUGCAAAAAGGAAAGAAAAAUGCACUUUAAACUAAUCCUCAGCUGGUGGUUGGGCCCUGUAUUUUGGGGUGGAGGGACCGCAGGUAUCCCAGGUGUCCUGCAUCCAUCAGUACCUUUGCUGGGAUGUUCCUCUAGGCUUGGGACCGGGCAGGCUGGAUGGGGCCUGGGGUGACCUGAAGGUUGGGGCUGGCCCUUGCGAGCCACAUACGCCAGCAGCUUCCUGCCUGGCCUGGUGCUGGGUGCUGGGCUGUGCUCCCAAUGUUCAGGGCUGGGUUCCCAGGAUGACAUGGGCAGCCUGGCUGAGCUCUGACCUGGCUCCAGGGCCCCAGCCCGCUCCCAGCUGUUUAGGCCAGGAACCUCCCUGGCCCAGCCCUCACCAUGCUUCCCCAGUGCCCUGCCAUGGCAGGCCAGGCUGGCUGUCCUUCCCAUUGUCCGUGAUGGCCCCCUGGAGCUUGGAGGUGUUUAGGUCUGUCUGGAGCAGUGCUUGUAUCCCAGCACCUGCCUGAGCCUUGCUCCCUGCCACCUCCAUCCACCCAGCUCCUGCCAACCCUGCUCUUGCCUAAGCGUCUUCUGCCACUUCGGCCAUAUCUGCACUAUGCCAGGCUUGUGUCUGUGGUUUGUUGACCGUGAAUAAUGGUAAUAAUAAUGCACUUUAAAUAACAUGGCUUGUAGCCUUUGUCAUAAUAAAGUGGUAGCAAAGAC